AUGUCUCUCAAGAACGACGACUUCCCCUCUUCCGCUGCCUUUGACGAGAUCUCGCGAGCCCUCUCCGCUUCCGACGCCGACCGUAAAGACGCCGUCAAGAACGGCAAGGCCAUCUUUGCGUUCACACUCAAGAACAAAGCCGGUACACAAGAGUCAUGGUAUAUUGAUCUGAAAGAGACUGGCACUGUUGGCAAGGGUACUGCGCCCGAGGGCAAGAAGGCUGGCACCACGCUGGUGUUGAGCGAUGAGGACUUUGGAAAACUAGUCUCUGGUAACGCAAAUGCGCAGAAACUCUUCAUGAGUGGGAAGCUCAAGGUGAAAGGAAACAUCAUGGGCGCGACGAAAUUGGAACCGGUUCUCAAGAAGGCGCAGACGAAGGCUAAGCUAUAA